ACGAUGCGCUGGUGCCUAUAAAAAGAAAAGAGUGGGCAUAAAGACCAGCACAGUACUGAGUGCAAAGAAGAAUAAGAGAGAAGGAUCAUAAAAGGCGGGGCUCGAAACAAACACCGAGAACGAGAAGGCGGCGAUGGUAGCAGCGAAAAAAGGAGGAGAGAUCCGAAAGGGGCCGUGGACGGAGCAGGAGGACCUACAACUGGUAUGGCUUGUGGGAUUGUUCGGUGAACGUCGUUGGGAUUUCUUAGCAAAGGUGUCAGGUCUUAAUAGAACAGGAAAGAGCUGCAGGCUCCGCUGGGUGAACUACCUUCACCCCGGCCUCAAACGCGGCCGCAUGACUCCUCAGGAAGAAGAGCUCAUUCUCGAACUCCACUCUAAAUGGGGGAAUAGGUGGUCGCGAAUAGCUCGAAAACUUCCGGGUCGCACUGAUAACGAGAUCAAGAACUACUGGAGGACCCACAUGAGAAAGAAGGCGCAAGAGCUAAGGAAGACCUCGUCCCCCUCUUCGUCAUCGCCCUCUUCUUCUUCUUCUUCCUCCACCUCCUCCUCGAGUAAUACUUCCUCAGCCAGUGAAGGCCCCUUAGAUGCUGGAGCUGAGAAGCAUGAGUGUGAAAGCAAUACUAGAGAACAAAGCAACUCAUCAAUUGAAGAAGAUUUGAAAGUGUAUCCAAUGGAUCAACUUUGGAACGAGAUCGCAGCAUCUGAGCCCUUCAACAAUACCUUCAGCUUCGAGGAAUAUAAGAAUGAAGGGGUUUGCAGUACAAGUUCAGGCCCAUCAAUGCCUUCUCCUAUAUGGGAGUACUCCACUGAAUCUUUGUGGAGGAUAAAUGAUGAUGAAGAAGAACUCAAGAUGUUUAUUCCCGACCUUGCGUUCUCCUAACGAUCGGGCUGUCAACUACUGAUGGCACUAACUAGAGUUUCAUGAGAAGCCUAUGGCUCACUUCUCUUCCUAGUCCUGUCUAUAACUAGAAGAGAUGCUACAGUAGAGAACUAGACCUGUUUUUCCUGUAAAAACCAUGUAUGGUCAUGUGUAGAAUUUUAGGGUGUCCUCUUUGAGAGAUCUAUAGUCCUACAUAUGUCAAUGUUAUCUUACCUUAGAUCACCGUAACAUUGUCUAAAAAUGUAACUCUGAUCAACCCUGAUGGAUAUAGAGGUUUCCUAGUUUAUGGUGAUACAAUAUUACUUGUUCUUGUACUUCAUUAUCAAACGCUAAUCGAAAGCAGAAAAAGAAACACACAUUGGUUUAA